UUUAUAGUUUUUAUGUUAAACAUGAACGAAAACUUCGGUAAAAUAAAUAAAAAUGAUCGUAAAUAGUUAAAAGCGAUUGAAAACUUGAGCGUUAUUUUAAUUUGGUGCUAAAAUUAAAUUAAAUUCUCCACAAUGAGUGGUAUCGUUAAUUUUACUGAUAUAUUGAAACCAAGGAAUACGCAAUUCGGAAUAGUGAAAUUCAUGACGAAAGCAUGGGAGCCCAUGAAAACAUUAACCCUCGAUAAAUAUUACGGUCCGCAAGAUUUAAAAAAAGUGGUUGCAGAUUCGGUAUAUAUCGAUUCUUUUCUGGAGGCGGAAAGCAUUCGAACGGGCGUACGUAAAGAACAAUUGAAAAAGGAGGUGUUGGAGUAUUUAGAGGAGAUUGCAUUGGAUAGUAAAACACAUGUUAUGCGGUGGAUGGGUAUUGUGUUCCUCAAAGUCUGCUUCAUGAUGAAAAUUGGUGUAUUUGUCAAUGAGCCGGCAAUAUUAAAGUUAAAGUCAACAAUGGGAAAGAAUCCUGUAAUUUUUCUACCAACGCACAGAAGCUAUGCUGAUUUCUGCCUCACCACAUAUCUAUGCUACCACUAUGACAUAAGUUUACCAGCUGUCGCUGCAGGAAUGGAUUUCUACUCUAUGGCUGUGGUCGGUCAAAGCAUGAGGGAGACCGGUGCCUUCUAUAUCCGUCGCACUCUAACCGGGGCACCUCUAUACGCGGCGACGUUGCGGCAUUACGUGCGUACCCUGGUUGCGAAGCAUGGUGCGCCCGUCGAGUUCUUUCUAGAAGGCACUAGAAGUCGCAGCAAUAAAAGCCUGGCUCCGAAGUACGGUAUGCUGACAAUGACGCUGGUGCCGUACUUCGCGCGCGAAGUGACAGAUGUAACAAUAGUACCCGUCAACAUCAGCUACGACCGCGUGGUCGAACAGAGCCUGUUCGCGUACGAACACUUAGGCGUGCCCAAACCAAAGGAGACUACUGGGGGUCUCCUGAAAUCUCUUCACAGGCUAAACGACCACUAUGGGAAUAUAUACAUCAAUUUCGGCGAUCCGAUAUCCGUCGAGGAAUACUUCCAUAGGUCGGCCGAGAUCAAACGGCGGCGUACGGAAACUUUGAUGCCUUUAGAUUUGCAGCACUUGACUGCGGGACAGAUGGAAAAAGUGCACGAUAUCGCUGAUUACAUAGUGACGCUGCAACAGGAAUGCACAGUUGUCACUAUAACGAAUCUCUUGGCUAUCGUCCUUAUGGAGAGUCUGAUGAAGAAUGAGGCUUUGAAGUUUGAUCAGGUUUUGGAGAAAGUCGAAUGGCUGAUAGAAGUCUUGCGAACGCUCGGUGCGUCGGUGUUCGAAAACGACGUUAAAGUCAGUGUCGAAAGAAUUUUGGUUGUGCAUAAAAACAUGAUUACGCUGGACGGCGAUAAGAAGUUGCGGCUCGUACCCAGCUUACCCAUGGUCGUCAAUUCAGAUAUACAGCGGAAAAUGAAAGGGCACAUUCUGAAAGCUGAAACCAUGGUAAACGCUGUACCCAUCAUACAACUGCAGCUAUACGUGAAUCCAGUGCUGCAUUACAUGAUACCCCCAGCUGUCAUAACCGCCAUCUUGGUUAGAGGCGAAACUACCAGAGAGCAACUCUCUGCAGAAUACUAUAGACUGAGGAAAAUGCUAAGAUACGAAUACUUCCAUUUAGAGAAGACUGAAGAAAUGAAAUUUAACAAAGCCUUAGACUAUUGUAUUGAGAAUAACGUGGUGAUCGAAGCGGGAACCCUAAGGGCGGGUUCAGAGCAGAGACUCCAGUAUUUAUUGCAAUGGGCUAUAUUACCUGCGUUGACCACACUAGCGGCUUGCGUUGAUGUUAUGAUGCGGUGUAAGCAAUGCGAGCAUGUACAGUUAUUGAAGUUGGUGCAAGCGAGGCUCGAGAGCGGUCGGUCUCACCCGUACUGCCUCAGCCUCGACUCCGCGGCCAACUGUGUGCAGGGACUCGUGAUCUCAGGAGCUCUCGUAAGGCAUAAGAAAGAUAAAGAAAUAUCUUACGAGGCAGUUUCGGAGGAACUCAACGAAUGCCACAGCUUAGUAACAUCAGUGCUACCAAAACUUACUGUCGAUUUUGGAAGUUCCAACUGUGUUAUCAGUACAAACUCAGUUAAAUCGAAAUUGUAAGAGAUACAUUUUUUGUAGCGGCAACUAUGAGAGGUGCAAGGAUUCCGUAGUUUUUUUUAUGUAUAAUUAAAUAAAUAACCGCAGUGGAGAUUUCUACGAUAGUAAUCCAAGGUCGGUUACGGUGUUUGAAAGUCAAAGUGAAAUGGAAUUUAUGAGUGUUAUUUUGUUUUUAAAGUAAUAAUUUGACCAAGCAAAUGAUGAGGUAAGUCGAAAACUGUGGCAAAACAACAUAGGGAUUGUUAUAAAAAGAGCCUUGAGCUCCAGGAUUUAAAGGCGUAGGUUUUAAACCUCAUGUACCUGUUAUUACACCGGUAACUACGCCAUUCAGACCGGAACACUACAAUGCUGCUUGGCGGCACAAAUAAGCCGAAUUACUUGCGAAAAAAAUGGUGGUAGUAAUUCCAUAAAAUGUUCUACUAGUUCAAAAGCCUUGAUGGCUUUAAUUUGUAUAACACGCUACAGCGAAUCCUAAUUUAAAAAAAAAAAAAAAAGGUUAUAGAAUUUACAACGCUAAGACUAGGUAAUUAGGUUCAUUUUUCUUUGACUUUAGUAUUUGUAUACUCUAAAACAACGUCACAAUUGCGCGCAUGCAAAUCUUAAGUACUUAGCAAAUUCAAAAGAUUUAUGCUAAAAUAUUGCACGUUUUUACUAAACCUAAGAAACCCUUAAAUCAGAUGCCUAAUGAAAUAGGUGAUACCAAGACAGAGAAAAAAAAACUUUUUUAUCCAAAGUUACGACGCCGAUUUGCCGGUACUUAAGGUUUAGGAAAUUCGUAAACUGCCACUUGACAGAUUUAAUAAAUAAAUUUUUAUUUUUUAUUUUUAACAACCUUAAAUAAUUUCGAAUUCUUUAGCUAAGGAUUAACCUACUUAUUUUGAUAGGUCCUUGUUCGUUGUCAGUGGAAACUGGCAUAAGAAUAAACCAUUUUGAGCGCCAGUACUUUUUUAAGUCUCGAAUGAAAAUAUAGAUUUAUUCAGAAGCCAUUUCAUCACUUUAAAUUUUAACACAAAGUUGCAUUUCUAUAUAUGAGAAUAAGUAUAGUUUUGAAUAUCAGCCUAGAGCGUUUUCGGCUUCAGUUAGUUAAAUAGCGAUUAUAUAAUUUUUGUUAAGUUUUAAUGACUAGUUAAUUUUGCACCGAUUUUUUGUUAAUUUUUAAAUGAAUCAGUGCCAGCUGUAAUAAUUUAUUGUUAUAUUAUUAGUGAAUUAGGGUGGAUUUUUAAAUAACGUUUUAUUAUUAUUUUAUUUAUUCCAGAUGUAUUUUUAAUAUUAAAACCACAGUAUUUCACAAUAGUAUUAUAAAUGUUUACAAAGAGAGCCGUACCUCAGAAAGCACUAUAAGCAGUUUGUCCCGAUUAUUAACAGUAGAGUGAUCGAAAUCGUUAUAGCCUGCUAUUCCAACAUGGUGGGCCUUUACUCUAGAUUUCUCUCUCUUACGAGAUUGUUAGGCGGCGUAGCAAUUUAACACCUUAACAGUUUGGGAAUAUGUUUUUUACUGUAUCACAAAUAAACGUGGCCGACAGACCAAAAUAUUGCACACAUUAAAAUUCCAUCAAUGUAAUAAAAAACAUCAUCUAAGACAAGGUAUGACCUGAAUAAAUAAUGUAUUGAUUGUUUAGAUAUUAGUAGGAUGUGUUCAAAUUAUUGUAUUAUGCUAGUAUAUUGUUAUUCACAAAUUGU